CUGUGGCACACACAGCUUGAUCGCCUGCCGAGAUGAGAUACAGGCAGCUGCAAGGAAAACCCAAUCGAUGAAAUUAUCUUUUACAAUAAUGUUGAAUAUGUGGAGGAAGUACAAUUAAUGGCGCCAGCGUCCUCAAUGGAUAUAUUUCCGGAGGUUUCGCGAAAUCAGUGGCGAGAUAUCUUUUCCAGAGGAAAUACGCCUUCCGAGCAGGAGAACAACCAAUCAGCCGUGGAAAACCAAAGAUAAACAAGCCUUAUGAUAACACCAAACUCUCAGGUUUACCCAGGCUGUGUGCAGCCCUAGAGAACUAUCAUGCUGGCCUGUAUCCAGAGACGGCAGAAUCUCUCGUCGCAGAGCCUGGCCUGCGCACCCAAAAGCCUUGAUGUUCCACCCCCGCCAUUACUGCUGUCAGUUCCCCAACUGCAGCCGUGCAGCCACAAAGGCGAGCCAGCCUCCAUGAUUUCUCGGUACCCUUCUCCUGCACAGUUGGAUGCUUUUGCCCAGAAGACCGCCAACAACCCUCUGUCCAUCAAAAUCUUUCCAUCUGAGGUCCGGGUGCCACAGCAUAAACAGAUAAACAAAACCGUCAACGGGUUGGACACGACAGGCACACACAGUGACUACUCCCACCUGUACACAGGAGGCCACCAGGGGCUGUUGGCCAUCAUCAAAGCCUCCGUGUCAGCAAAAGGUGUGCUAAAAAACUCAGAGGGCAGGAGGACUAGACAUGUAAACAGCCAGAACCCUGUGGCACCGUACAAUAAUCCUCUGAAUAAUGGCUACACAGUCAGACACGGGCAUAAGGCCUAUCAUAUAAGCUCAUGUAAGCCCCAUGAUGUUCCCAUUGAGACACUGUGUUCCAGCGCAGGCAUGGCCUCCGGAGAUCAGGGCCUGGCCCCCCAGUCUGAGCUGGCAGAGGUUCAAAGCUUGAUGAGGCAGAUGAGCCGAGUCCCCCACAGCCAGGCCCUGCAGCUGGGGGGGGAGGCUCGAGCCAGCCCCUAUCUGCAGGCUGUGGCCGCGGUGGCAAACUCAGACUCAGAUUUUGUGCUGGGAUUGCCCCCCCAGAGCAGUCUCGCCUUCACAGGGGCGGUGCUCCCGACACAGAGUGCAGACAGAGCCAAAGCGGGAUACUUGGAGAAGGGAGAGUACUCCGUGUGGCAGCAUAAACCUCAAAUCCAGCCGCCCUAUCAGCAGGGAGCCUUGAGGAUGUACAGUGUGAGUAACGGCGCUCAGAGGCUCAGAGAGGACGAGUCCCCUGAAAUCUGCCUCCCUUUGCCCCCCCAGAUGGCGUACAGACCCCAUCCUGCCAGUGUGGAGCGGGUCAGCAGCUCCUCUCUGAACUGCAUGCAGGGGGAGUUCUCUAUGGGACAGUACUACGCUCCACUCUGGGACUGCACCCCUAAUAGCGACUGUUAUCCUUCUCAGGUGCUGGCGAGCAAGCCUAUAGACCUGGGGCUCUCACACCCCCAUCCCCAUCUCCACCCCCACCCACACCACCAAUCGCAGAGACAUCAUCCUCAGCUCCACCCUCCUCAUACCCAGGCCUACAGCACCGACCAAAACCUCUGUUGUGGGCUGCCUAGUUCCAGCCUGUGCCACGCUGCGGUACUCAGCAGCAGCCUGCAGUCUCUGGAGUGCCUCAUCAGUGAGAUCCACCCUCCCUGCAUCAAAGAGAGCAUGCUGGGACGUGGUUACCAAGCCAUGGGGAUGCCUCCGCUACUGGAGCACCACCAACAAACACACAUCCAGCUGCCCGUCUACAGAUAAGAGCUGGUGGGGGCUGCCAAACAACGGGACGCAGAAGUGACAAAACCUUUUAUAGAGGAUGGAAGUUUAGACGUCUGUGAGAAUGAGACAUGGGUUUUUAGUUUGUGCAUGUACUGUAUUUGUAGAAGGCUUUGUGUUAUGAGCCUGAAACAGUAACUGAUAAUCAAGACUUAAGAUACAGGUUUAUCUUAUGGAUGUUCUAUUUUUUAUAUCUGAAAUGGCCAUCAUAUAUGCCUGCUGUUCCUCAUUAAAUAUUGAUGCUGAGCACCUAAUCAGAAUUUCCCCAUUUCAUUUUAACAUGUAUGUAUUUUGCAGAUGUUUGGAUUCCCCUGUAGGCUUUUACAAAAAAUGGAAAUGUACUUUACUGAAAUAAUCAUUGGCACCCCUCUGAAAACAUUUACUUGAAUCUGGAAAGGAUGGUUUGGUGAAUAUCGGUUUUCCUUAAAAUGGCUUCUUAUUAGAACAUUCCUAAAUAUUAAAUGAACGUUUGGUUGUCUGCUGCUUUGUUGUGUUACUCAAAACCCACCAGGCUUCUGCAGUAUGAUGCAAAUUCCCUGGCUGCUGUAUGGGGAAACAUUUUGAUCAUUUGUAUACAAACGUGAAUAUAUUAUUUAGUUACGCAGCCAUAGAGAAUGUUACGUAACUUAACAUCUUGAUUGAUUUCAUGUAUUCAUGCUCAGCACAAUGUAUUACGACUGUUGCAUAUCCAAAUCAACACUGUGGCGAUUCAGGCCAGGCAAGAUGUGCCCUUUGGUUGUUUUUCUUUUUUGAUUUUAAGAGAUUGUUUCUUGAAUGAAAAGGGUUGUGACAAUGUUACACAACACCUGGGUGCAUAUGAGUGCCAUGUUAGAGAGGCAGGCCACCUUAUAUCUUCUUUGUAGGGCUACAUUAUCUCUGAUGGUGUAAGAUGUAUGACUGAGUAGCUCUUUCUGUGUCUGCACUGGUUCUGUAAUAAUAUUUAUUUAUGUCAGCCUGUUGAGUUAUAAGGCAAACUGUCUAUAAUUAUAAAGUGCAAUUAUUAUAUAUGAAAAUGUGAGCGCUCUCCAUGAAGUAUGUUGUUGGAAUAAUUACAUUUUGCAAUGUAUGACCCUAAUCCCUCAACCCUUUUUUGCCUCUUCUUAAUAAGGAUUGUCAAGUAAAUGAAAUUUUCUAAACCCAA